UGGUGUCAUGGGAGACUUGACUGCUAAUGUUAAAACCAUUGACAAAUUGACAUCAGACUUGCAAGCAAAAGAAGAAGAGGUUAAAAAAGCUGUAGACUUAGUAGCAAAAAGUGUGAAGAUGAAGGAAGACUUUGAAAAGGCAGUUUACGGAAAGUGUGCCAACAUUAUCAAUAUGAAGAAACUGAGGAUGCGUCAGCUUACUAGUCAGUCAUCAGCAGCAGCAAAGGCAAAUGACACAACACUGGUCACUAAAGAUAGAGCAAAUGAUUCUCCUUCCAAGGCGAGUAAAGCAAAUAGCAGUGAUAGCGAAUGCUACAACUCAGACACUGAUGUAGAUGACCCAGAUGGCAUGGACACUGAUGAAGAAAACCUUAGAAGCAUUUCCCCAAAGAAGCACGGAAGAAACGGCAAUACAUUGACUGAAAAGACAUCAACAGCAUCAAAACGAGCCUUUGAUUUGCAGGAUGAUCUUUUCAACAAUAGCAUUGAGGCAGAAUUGUAUCCAACCUCAGCGAGUGACAAAAAGAGAAAGACUAAAUAUGAAAAUGUCAGUAGCCCAAGAACUAGUGCAUCCCAGACCAAUAACACUUUUGAAAAGGAAGCAGCCAAAAAUCAGACGCAGGAUGAGAAAAAAUCAAGUUCUUGUACAUCAUUUCAAACAGAUUCACAAAAUUCCAUUCUUGAUGAACUCUUUUAAUUUUUUUUUUCUUUAUUAUUAUUAUUUUUUAAAAUGGUUUAAUGAGGCAUGGAAUAAACACAUGAUACAAUAGUGAGAUGAUUUUACCAUUUAUAUUUACUGGAUUUUAAGCAUCCCUUGUAUUUUGGGUGUAAUUUUAUAUUUUAACAUUUCUAAUAGCCUGUAAUAUUCCGUGAAUGUUGAAUAUCUAUUAAAUAUACUUUUAAUUGUGUACCAUAUAGUUUACCUUGGUACAGUGUACAAAUAGAUUCUGUAAAGGAGUCAUUUUUAUAUAUAUUUUGUACAUAAUAAAGUAUUCUCACAAAA